CGCCGCCCCCGGCCCCGCCGCCCCGCCGCCCCGCGCCCGCCGCCGCCGCCGCCAUGGGCGUGCAGGGCUUCCAGGACUACAUCGAGAAGCACUGCCCGAGCGCCGUGGUGCCGGUGGAGCUGCAGAAGCUGGCCCGGGGCAGCCUGGUGGGCGGCGGGCGGCAGCGGCCCCCGCACACGCCGCUGCGCCUGCUGGUGGACGCCGACAACUGCCUGCACCGCCUCUACGGCGGCUUCUACACCGACUGGGUGAGCGGCGGCCAGUGGAACCACAUGCUCGGCUACCUGGCCGCGCUGGCCAAGGCCUGCUUCGGCGGCAACAUCGAGCUCUUCGUCUUCUUCAACGGCGCGCUCGAGAAGGCGCGGCUGCACGAGUGGGUCAAGCGGCAGGGCAACGAGCGCCAGACGGCGCAGCAGAUCGUCAGCCAUGUCCAGAACAAGGGCACCCCGCCGCCCAAGGUCUGGUUCCUGCCGCCCGUCUGCAUGGCGCACUGCAUCCGCCUGGCGCUCAUCCGCUUCCACGUCAAGGUGGCGCAGAGCAUUGAGGACCAUCAUCAGGAGGUGAUCGGUUUCUGCAGAGAGAACGGCUUCCAUGGCUUGGUCGCCUACGACUCCGACUACGCGCUGUGCAACAUCCCUUACUACUUCAGUGCCCACGCCCUCAAAUUGAGCCGGAACGGGAAAAGUCUCACCACGAGCCAGUAUCUGAUGCAUGAGGUCGCCAAGCAGCUGGACCUGAACCCAAACCGCUUCCCUAUCUUUGCUGCUCUGUUAGGGAAUCACAUUCUGCCUGACGAAGACCUGGCUUCCUUCCACUGGAGCUUACUUGGUCCAGAACAUCCACUAGCCUCACUGAAGGUCCGGGCCCACCAGCUAGUCCUGCCGCCAUGCGAUGUGGUGAUCAAAGCUGUGGCCGACUACGUCCGCAAUAUCCAGGACCCCUCGGACUUGGAUGCCGUAGCUAAAGACGUGUUCCAGCAUUCUCAGUCUAGAACAGAUGACAAAGUUAUUCGAUUUAAGAGAGCAAUUGGAUAUUACUCAGCGACUAGUAAGCCUAUGGCAUUUCACCCAGCACAUUACUUAGGGUGCCUCCCAGCCUGUCAGGGCGUAUCAUCAGGUGUCACCCCGGAAAUGGAGACUCAGCCUGGGAGGAAGGACGCAGCUCCUGCGAAGCUGCUUCGGCUGACGGGGCAGGGCCAUCUCCAGGAGAGCAGGGUUGCCCACGUGGGACCCCGCGGGUGCAGAGGUCGCACAGCCUGCCCGGAGCAGAGGGUGAUGACAGCCAGACCAAAUCCGUUCGGAAUGCCUGGGAUCGUGCCACCGUAUGUCCCCCCCCAGAUGCUCAACAUUCCACAGACCCCUCUGCAAGCCAAGCCUGUGGCCCCACAGGUGCCCAGCCCGGGUGCCGCGGGCCAGGGUCCACACCCGUACAGCCUCGCUGAGCCGGCCCUCACUUUGGAAACGAGUGGAAAGAGUCUGACUGAGCACAGCACCUACAGCAACAUUCCUCACGAAGGAAAGCAUACCCCGCUGUAUGAACGGUCGUCCCCAAUCCACCCAGCUCCAGGUGGCAGCCCCAACCACGUGGACUCAGCGUACUUUCCAGGGUCUUCUACGUCGUCGUCUUCCGACAACGAUGAGGGCAGUGGAGCAGCUGCAAACCAUAUCAGUGGGAACAAAAUAGGCUGGGAGAAGACGGGAAGCCACUCAGAGCCGCAAACGCGGGGAGACCCAGGAGACCAAACUAAGACGGAAGGCUCGUCCACUGCCUCCUCAGGCAGCCAGCUUGCUGAAGGAAAGGGAAGCCAGCUGGGCACUGUGCAGCCGAUCCCUUGCCUCCUGUCCAUGCCCACCCGCAACCACAUGGACAUCACCACACCGCCCUUGCCCCCGGUGGCACCUGAGGUACUGAGAGUGGCGGAGCACCGGCACAAGAAGGGGCUGAUGUACCCCUAUAUCUUCCACGUCCUGACGAAGGGUGAAAUCAAAAUUGCUGUUUCUAUUGAAGAUGAAGCCAGCAAAGACCUGCCUCCCGCCGCCCUGCUCUAUAGGCCAGUUCGCCAGUAUGUUUACGGAGUGCUGUUUAGCUUGGCAGAAAGCAGAAAGAAAACUGAGAGACUUGCUUUUAGAAAGAACAGACUUCCACCAGAAUUUCCACCUGUGAUCAUUAAAGAGUGGGCAGCUUACAAAGGGAAGUCUCCACAGACGCCGGAACUGGUGGAAGCGCUCGCCUUCAGGGAGUGGACCUGCCCCAACCUGAAGAGGCUGUGGCUGGGGAAGGCAGUGGAGGACAAGAACCGCAGGAUGAGGGCCUUCCUGGCCUGCAUGAGGUCAGACACGCCAGCCAUGCUCAACCCGGCCAGCGUGCCCACCCACCUCACGGUGCUGUGCUGUGUCCUACGGUAUAUGGUGCAGUGGCCUGGAGCACGGAUCCUGCGUCGCCAGGAGCUGGACGCCUUCCUGGCUCAGGCGCUGUCCCCCAAACUCUAUGAGCCUGACCAGCUGCAGGAGCUUAAGAUCGAGAACCUCGACCCCCGAGGCAUUCAGCUGUCAGCUCUCUUCAUGAGUGGUGUGGACAUGGCCCUGUUUGCGAACGACGCGUGUGGCCAGCCGGUGCCCUGGGAGCACUGCUGCCCUUGGAUGUAUUUUGACGGGAAGCUCUUCCAGUCCAAACUCCUCAAAGCAAGCCGGGAAAAGACCCCACUCAUCGACCUCUGUGAUGGUCAGGCCGAGCAAGCUGCCAAGGUGGAGAAGAUGCGGCAGAGCAUCCUGGAAGGGCUGAACCUCUCCCGGCAGAGCCACCCGCUUCCCUUCCCGCCACCCACGGCGCUGCCCUUCUACCCUGCCUCCGUGUACCCCCGGCACUUCGGGCCCGUCCCCCCAGCUCAGGGCCGAGGGCGGGGCUUUGCAGGAGUCUGUGGCUUUGGAGGCCCCUAUGGGGAGACUGUAGCAACAGGCGCUUACCGUGCCUUCCGAGUGGCAACGGCAGCGGGACACUGCGGAGCCUUCUCCGGCGGUGACAGCAGCAGGACUAGCAAGUCGCAGGGUGGACUGCAGCCUAUACCUUCUCAGGGAGGGAAGCUAGAAAUAGCUGGCACCGUGGUCGGCCACUGGGCUGGGAGCAGAAGGGGCCGCGGGGGCCGCGGGCCUUUCCCUUUGCAAGUGGUUUCUGUUGGAGGACCAGCACGGGGGCGUCCAAGGGGAGUGAUUUCCACUCCGGUGAUCAGAACGUUUGGAAGAGGUGGACGGUACUACGGCAGAGGCUAUAAAAACCAGGGUGUGAUUCAGGGCAAGCCUCCCUAUGCUGCUUCAGCAGAGGAAGUGGCUAAAGAGUUGAAGUCAAGAUCCGGGGAAUCCAAGUCGUCCGCCGUGUCUUCGGAUGGGUCCCUGGCUGAAAACGGAGCGGUGGCUGAGGAGAAGCCUGCUCCCCAGAUGAACGGGAGCGCGGGCGACGCCAGGGCCCCCAGCCACUCGGAAAGUGCCUUGAACAAUGACUCUAAGACGUGCAAUACAAAUCCUCACUUAAAUGCACUAAGUACAGACAGUGCUUGCCGCAGGGCUGACGCUCUGGACGCUGCUGUCUUAAAGAAAGAAGAGUAAACUUAUUUUUAUAGAGGGUGAAGGAUGCUGGAAGGGUAGGAUUCAGGAAUAUCUGGAGAGAAAGAGAGCCUACAGUUAUGUACAUUUUUUCCUUUCCGUAAGAGAAAAAUGAGGACUUUGGAAAUUCGGAUCCCUCUUUGAUAUCAGAGAUUUAAACAACACAUUUUUAGUUUUAACCAGUUGUAGUCAAAAUGCUACAAUAAAACAAAAAGAGAGAAAGAAAAUGAAGAGCAUUUGACUCCCACACUUAAAAUGAAGUACACACAAAGUUUAAACUGGUUAUGACAAAAGCCUAUAGUUGUGUUUCUUGAACUAUAAAGAAAACAAAUUUUGGCAGUCUUUAAGUAUAUAUAGCUUAAAAUAUCAUUUUUAGCAUUUGGCACCAUAUGUAUGCCAUUAUCUUUGAUUUUGCAUUACUGUUCACAAGAAAGCUUUGUCUAAGGCUUUGAUUUUAUGAUUAUGAAAGAAAUAAGGCACACCACGGUUUUUCUUUCUUACUUAAAUCUCAUCACUGUUGAUGUGGUUCUUUUGUGUUAAAAAAAAAAGUGCAACUAUCAAAACUAAAAAAUUAUAGAGUAAUAUUGCCGUUCUGCUGAUUUUAAAUAUGCAGUACAUCAUACUUACUUUACAAGCAAGUUAAAUGGAGAUAAAGUUGAAAUCAUAGAAGAUGCAAAUGACCUUUCAAAAUCAACACAAUGUGUUCUGAAACUUUUCGUGACUUAAUACCAUGCAUCUGUGAUCAAUGAACUAUGUGGUUUUGAUCGGACGUAGACCAUUAGUGCUACUACUUGAGCUAACCUUCUGCAUGGUUCAUAAUUUUUAAAGUGUGUAGUUAAUAUUAUGCAUGUUAUUGUCCUUCCAUUCUUACCAGUAUGUGCCCAUUUGCAAAACAAAAUGCUAAUAAUCAGUAAUAGUCCUAUAAAAGAUGUUAACUCUGUUUAGUCAUUGACUGAUCUUGCUCUAACCUUAAAAUUUUGUGAUUAUUGACCUCUGUUGCAUUUAUUCUAAAAACUCCCCAAAAAUUAUCUAGCUGUUUCAAAUAUCAACAUUACCCUGGUGUAUUCACUGCUGUAUGCAUUAUUGUUCUUUGUUGCUGUUUUAUGCCUUCAUAUUAGCAAAAUAUGAAAUUCUGUGAAAAACAAAAAAAAAUCCCUUUGAUCUUUAAAAAAAAAAACAAAAAAAAAACAACCCCCCCUUCUGUAGCAGGAAACAAAUUGCUUGUUCUUGAGAACUUUCCCAUCAAGAAUUUAGUAGAAGCAGGUAUACUUAUAUCAUUUUGAUGUUUUUGUUACUGUUUCCAAACAAUGUACUUUGAAAUCAGAAUCACUUCUUAUUCGUUUUCAUAUAAUUCUCCUGAUGCUCUUCAUCACACAUUAGUGAUCAGAAAUGAGAUGUAAUUCCCCAAUCCCUGCCCGCGAGACCUGAGUAGGAUCUUACUGUAAGUUGAAGGGAGUUCUGCCCUAACUCAUGGAUUGUGCAAGAAUGAACUGCUGUUGGGUCUGACUGAUUGUAGGUGGGUUGUGGCGUGCUGUACCGAAGGCUAUUGAAUGCAACUUACAAUGCUUAAUAAAAAUCUUUAUUCUUUUAGUAUAAA